ACUGAAAAGAAAAAAAAGAAAGGCACUAAAACAGCCGAUGUUGUCCAACUUCCUCUUCCCUCGAAAUGGCCGAGUCGUUCUCUCGCUCCUCCGCCUUCGCCGAAUCGCGAUCACCUGGGGACACCACGCCCUCCUCUCCGCCUCCACACCCACAGCCCAGACACCAACACCUCCGCCCACCACCCGACGCCUGCGCACGAGCCCCCAGCCCGCGGGCUGCGACCCCGACGCCCACCACAGCCACCUCGCACGCAGGCCUUCCCGAAUGCACACGCUGCGGCUUCGCGCCGCCUUGUAGAAAAACGAAUGUGGGCGGGGAAGAGAUUUCGGCCUGCUUUGGGCCCCCUGCCUCGGCCAAUGGGGAAGAAGCUAUUCGACCCCCUUUCCACGGGGUGCUAGGUGGCCCGUUCUCCCUGCCAACAGUGCUGGGGGUGCGGGGCCUGUGGCUGAGAAGAGGGCAGGAGAGGUGAGAGUGGGGUUCACAAU